CACUCGCACACUGUGGACGGUUAUUUCCACACAGUCCCUCCCUCGUAUCCUCCGCCCCUCUGCCCUUCCCCCCCAUCAUAUAAUUCUUGUUUCUUCCAUCCAAUUUCUCCCCUCCCUCUUCCCUUCUCCCUUCGAUCUCUCUGCUCUCCGGCUACCCAACCUGUUUCUGCAAGUUUCAGACACCCAUUUACUUGUUAUCUUCUUGAACCGAAAUGGCUUGUUCUGCGACCGCCAAAAUCAUCCACAAUCCUCUGUUACUCAGCUCUUCCAGAUCUGCCGAGAAGUCUGAUUCUUGCUGUAAAAUGUUGGGGCCCUCCUCCUUUCUUGGCUCCACAUCUAUGAGCAAGAAGCUGGUUUCUGUUAACAAGGGUGCUUCUCGUGUCAGCCGCCGAUCCGCCAAUGUGGUUGCUGUCUCCUCCGAUGUUGUCAAGGAGAAGAAGCUCAAAUCCAGCUCUGCUGCUUCCAGCCUGUUGAUAACGAAAGAAGAGGGCCUGGUAUUGUAUGAGGACAUGGUUCUGGGAAGAGCUUUUGAGGAUAUGUGUGCCCAGAUGUACUACAGAGGCAAAAUGUUUGGAUUUGUUCAUCUGUAUAAUGGCCAAGAAGCUGUAUCCACUGGCUUCAUCAAGCUCUUGAAGAAAGAAGAUUGUGUGGUUAGUACUUACCGGGACCAUGUACAUGCAUUGAGCAAAGGUGUCCCGGCUCGUGAGGUCAUGAGUGAGCUCUUUGGCAAGACCACAGGUUGCUGCAGGGGCCAGGGUGGCUCGAUGCACAUGUUCUCCAAGGAGCACAACCUUCUAGGUGGCUUUGCUUUCAUUGGUGAAGGCAUACCUGUCGCAACAGGGGCUGCCUUCACUAGCAAAUACAAGAGAGAAGUUUUGAAGGAGGACUGUGAUGAGGUGACACUAGCGUUUUUUGGAGAUGGGACUUGCAACAACGGUCAAUUCUUUGAAUGCUUGAACAUGGCUGCUUUAUGGAAGCUUCCCAUUGUGUUUGUUGUUGAGAACAAUUUGUGGGCAAUUGGGAUGUCCCAUUUAAGGGCCACCUCUGAUCCUCAAAUUUGGAAGAAAGGUCCGGCUUUUGGAAUGCCUGGGGUUCAUGUUGAUGGUAUGGAUGUGUUGAAGGUGAGGGAGGUUGCAAAUGAGGCCAUUGCCAGGGCUAGAAGAGGUGAAGGACCGACUUUGGUUGAAUGUGAGACCUAUAGGUUCAGAGGACACUCUUUGGCUGACCCUGAUGAGCUACGUGACCCUGCUGAGAAGGCCCAUUAUGCCACAAGAGAUCCCAUCACUGCGCUGAAGAAAUAUAUACUGGAAAACAACUUAGCAAGUGAAGCAGAGUUGAAGGCCAUAGAGAAGAAGAUUGAUGAGGUAGUUGAAGACGCUGUUGAGUUUGCUGAUGAAAGCCCAGUUCCAGCCCGCAGUCAGUUGCUAGAGAACGUAUUUGCUGAUCCCAGGGGAUUUGGAAUCGGGCCUGAUGGAAAGUACAGAUGUGAGGAUCCUAAAUUUACCGAAGGCACUGCCCAGGUCUAAACUCAAUUUGGAAGUGAAAACCGCCCGCACAAAGAUAGUUCUUUCUUCUUCUUUUUAAAUUUAUGGUUGCCGGUUGCCUGCAGUAGAUAGUUCAGUUAAGCUGCAUUUAGUCAACAUGGACAAGCUCUAGUGUUUGUCAUCCGCGGUUUUGUUGUCCAUCCAUUUCAAUGUUUUUAAAUGUUGUCUCCUGUUUCUUUAUGGUUCUCAUAGUUAACUGUAUGCUGAAUGCUGCUUGAUAUAUAUCAGUUCUUGUGUUCAAUUUCCUCUCAAAA